CAAGAGGCAUUCAUAAAAAGUAAAGAACAGUGCCCAGUAGUCCACGGCAAGGAGGCUGUCUGGGCUACGACUAGAAAUCUGAUGAAAUCUUGUUGGCUUUUAGGUUAUCUGUUGCAUGGGUCAAAGGUCUACUGCUUUUUCAUCUCAUAAUGUCCAUCUGUGUAUUGUAGCCUCGCGGAACACGAACGGAGGGUGUAGGUUGUCUACAUUUUGGGAAUUAAAGCUUUACAAUUAGGACAUUUAGAAGUUUAAUACCAGCACUGCUAGCGCUUUGCGAGCUUGACAACUAGGCGCGCACAAAUGCUCCCGUGUAAAACCGUGCUUUCUUGGACACGAGGGACGGGGAACCGGUGUGACAUUGCCCGACUCCGAAAAUGCGGCGUCUGCUACGUGCCGAAUCUUUCUCCCGUCUCGUUCCCUAGCAGGACUCUCUCUAACCUCGCCACGGCCCACAGCGGACUCGCACGUCGAGAAAUGGCCGAGAACGAAGCGCUGUCCCGGCGGCAGAAGGUGCUGACCAUUGACACCAUGAACGCCAACAUCAAGAAGGUCGAGUACGCUGUCCGCGGACCUAUUGUACAGCGCGCCGUGCAGAUCGAAAAAGAGCUGAAGGAGGGAGUGAAGAAGCCCUUUAAUGAAGUCAUCAAGGCCAACAUUGGGGAUGCCCAUGCCAUGGGUCAGAGGCCUGUGACCUUCUUCAGACAGGUCUUGGCACUAUGUUCUUAUCCGGAGCUGCUUGACGAUGACAAGUUUCCAGAGGACACCAAGUACCGUGCGCAGCGCAUUCUGAAGGCUUGUGGCGGGAGCAGUAUAGGUGCAUACACAGCUAGUCAGGGCAUAGAAUGUGUGCGACAGGACGUCUCUCGCUACAUCGAACGUCGGGAUGGCGGUGUACCAUGUGACCCAGACAACAUCUACUUGACCACGGGGGCUAGUGACGGCAUUGUGACCAUGCUGAAGUUGCUCACCGCAGGCGAGGGUCGUACCCGUACAGGGGUGAUGAUCCCCAUUCCCCAGUACCCCCUCUACUCCGCCGCCAUAGCCGAGCUGGGAGCCGUGCAGCUCAACUACUACCUGGAUGAGGAUAAGUGCUGGGGUCUGGACAUCAGCGAGCUGCAGCGCUCUCUACAGGCGGCCAGCAAGCACUGCAACCCAAGAGUCCUCUGCAUCAUCAACCCUGGCAACCCCACAGGCCAGGUCCAGAGCAGAGAACGCAUCGAGGACGUGAUUCGAUUCGCUGCCAAGGAGCGCCUCUUCCUCAUGGCUGAUGAGGUAUAUCAGGACAACGUGUACGCAGAGGGCUGCAAGUUCUACUCUUUUAAAAAGGUGUUAUAUGAGAUGGGUCCUGAAUACUUCAACACGGUGGAGCUGGCAUCAUUCCAUUCCACCUCCAAGUGCUACAUGGGAGAGUGUGGCAUGCGAGGAGGCUAUAUGGAGGUGAUAAACAUGGACUCCGAGGUGAAGGCUCAGCUCACCAAGUUGGUGUCGGUGCGUCUGUGCCCGCCCGUGCCCGGGCAGGCUCUCAUGGCCCUGGUGACCAACUCACCCCAGCCUGGAGAGCCAUCCCACGCCCAGUUCCUUAAGGAGCGGACGGCCACACUGGGCGACCUGGCGCAGAAGGCCAAGCUGACGGAGGAGAUCCUGAACACGGUGCCAGGGAUCAGGUGCAACCCGGUGCAGGGGGCCAUGUACUCUUUCCCCCAGAUCACCCUGCCUGAGCGCGCCAUACGAGAGGCCAAGGAAAAGGGUCAAGCACCAGAUAUGUUCUACUGUAUGAAGCUCCUAGAGGAGACAGGCAUCUGUUUGGUCCCUGGCAGUGGCUUCGGUCAAAAGGAGGGAACCUAUCACUUCCGGAUGACCAUCCUACCACCUGCUGAUAAACUUAAGAUUUUGCUCAGCAAAGUAAAGGAAUUCCAUCAGCGGUUUACAAAGUGUUACUCCUAGCUUCGCCACUUUCCCCUCACGGUCGAUCAAGCAAACAUGCUAGAAUCUUUUUCUGACUUUGGGCUUUAUCCAUAAUCAAUCAGAACCAGACAAAUGGGUUGCUGAACUACAUUCCAUUUCAUGAAAUAGUUUGUACCAUAUUCUGAGUUAUUGUUACUGAAGAGACAUUUAAACAAUAAGGGUGAGAUUGUUAGCAAAUAAAUUACUUUUUAAAGGACUAACAUGAAAUAAUAUAUGGCAGUGGGUAUAUGUGUGUGUGUGUGUGUGUGUGAGAGAGAGAGAGAGAGAGAGAGAGAGAGAGAGAGAGAGAGAGAGAGAGAGAGAGAGAGAGAUUGCAUUUGCUGGUUGACCCAUAAAAAAGUAAUUACCUUAGGACAAAGCAGUAUUUGCAGUGCAUACAGAGCAAGACAUUCUAAAUGAUAAUAAAGAAUGCGAUGUUUAAUAUUA